AUGAAUCUCUAUGAUCCCAACAGAGAGAGGUUUGAAGUCCCACUCAAGAUUGAUUCCCCCGGUGUUACUGCUGAUGAGGCCAACUACGAAGCUGAGCUCUCAGAUGACUCCACACACUUCAGGAUCAAGAGGAAAAGCACUGGCACUGUGCUGUGGGACAGUCCCCUGGUUGAUCUGUUUUUCUCCAACCAGUAUCUACAGAUCACAACCACCGUGCCAUCCACUUCAGUGUAUGGAUUUGGUGAACAGGAGCACACAUCCUUCAAACACAGCAUGGACUUUGUUACCUAUGGCAUGUACAGCAGGGAUCAGGCACCAACGCCAUUGGCCAAUCUCUAUGGAGUUCACCCUUUCUACAUGUGUGUAGAACCUGAUUCCAAUGCCCAUGGUGUUCUUCUUCUGAACUCCAAUGCACAAGAUGUUUCUCUGAGCCCAAAUCCAUCUUUAACCUUCCGCACUAUUGGGGGAAUCCUUGACUUCUACAUCUUCCUUGGACCAACUCCUGAAAACGUAGUUCAGCAGUACACAGAGGCCAUUGGACGCCCACACAUGCCUGCCUAUUGGUCCCUGGGAUUUCAUCUCUCCCGAUGGGGUUACGGCAGCCUGGACGUUUUAAAGGAAACUGUUGAUCGCAUGCGCCGCUAUGAUAUCCCAUACGGUCCAGCCCUCUUUAAGACACGGCGGGCUCUCUUCCAAUCCGGUGGGACUGUCAAUACAGCGCUGGCUGUCUGA